UCUUUAUGUUUUUUAGGCAGUAAAAUUCAUUGUUUCAACACAUUAUGUCCUGGCUUCAUAAUAGUAAACACUGAGAUACCUCUUGAUAUGUCAUACGAAGACCAUCUUUCACAACGUGGGGUGAAGAUAGGGGAGGACACAAUGUACAUUGAGAGGGAUCUAGCCAAUGGAAAUUGGUGGCUUUUAAUGGAAGAAAACUAUGAACAAAUUGGUUUUUGGCCACAAUGGAUGUUCACUGACUUGGAAGGUUUUGCUACGAAUGUUGAGUGGGGAGGAGUUGUGUAUAGUCCACCAGCUGUACCUAAGCCACCAAUGGGCUCAAGCUUUUUCCCCAGUGAAAACUUUGCUUAUGAUGCUUAUUGUAGGAGCAUUGCAAUUAUAGACGAGACGGGAGGAACAGUUUACCUACAUAGAGUAAUCACACUUGUGGAUAAUCAUUUUAUGUACAAGGUUUUAUUUAAACGACUUUCGGAAGGUUCAAAGUCUUUUAGUUAUGUUGUUUAUGGUGGACCUGGUGAGACUGCACCCGUCUAAGUCUUAUUAGUUAUUACUAUAAUAAUAAUAUUUAUGUUCAAUGUCUACUGAAA